AUGGUGAGGCCUGCCACCCCCACCAACGUGGUCCGGUCCACCCUCACCCCGGUGAAGCCUGUCACCCCCACCAUGGUGAAGCCUGCCACCCCCACCAACGUGGUCCAGUCCACCCCCACCAAGGUGGUCCGGUCCACCCCCACCAUGGUGAAGCCUGCCACCCCCACCAACGUGGUCCAGUCCACCCCCACCAAGGUGGCCUGCCACCCCCACCAAGUCUGCCUCUACCCCAGUGGUGAAUCCCACCCCUCAUCACCCCAAUCUGGUGGAAGGGAAGGAUAUCACUCCUGUCAAGGUGAAGCCAAACACCAUCCCAUCAUCUGUGGCAGCCUCUCACCUGCUGAAGGAGGACCGGGACUCCAGGUCCCUGUACAGGGCGACCGGGACCCAGACCGUUUGGCUUUGAUGGUCCCCCAGCUGGACUGGGCCAGCAUCCAUGUUCCGGAGGUCCAGUCCGACAUGCCCAGGCUCCCAGUUCAAACCAUGCAGCUGCUCACCAGUGAACAACUGCAGUGCCUGGGGUUGCCAAAUCUGAGUGAAAGCUGCUACUUGAAUGCUGCAAUUCAGUGUAUGCUGAGGAUGGGGGGCUUUUGCCAGCAGCUUUUGCAACAGCAGCACAUCUGGAGGAACAAUCCAGCCGCCGGCCUGCUCAAGUGCUUUGUUGACGUCAAGGUGGCCAGAUUUGGCCACCAACCGGCGUACAAACGCAUCGUCCUUAAGGCUCUGCUUGACUGCGUGGCUGAGGAGGCAGAUGAGUUCCGGGAUGGCGGCCAGAAGGACGCCCACGAGUUCUUCUGCGUCACUGUGGCCCAGAUGGCAGCUCUGGCCCCCCUCCUGGAGGGAGGGGCAUGGGGCGGAGGGGCGUACACCUGCCCGGUCCGCACCAACCUGCUCUUCCAGAUGCUCAGCACGAGGACUUGCAGGCAGUGUGGACUGCAGUCCUCCAGACAGGAGGAGUUCUCCAACUUGUCUCUGGCCCUGACGGCCGGGAGCUCCGUCGAGGCCUGCCUGCAGCAGUACCUCCAGGAGACUGAACUGGAGUUUCGCUGCAGCUGUGGAGGAUGCCGCUCAGGACUGCGGUGGUCGUUCCUGACCCUGCCCCAAGUGAUCGUGUUCCAGUUGAACCGAUUCUGUCACGGCGCACAGUGGCAGCUGGAGAAGUUGGAGGAGCCCAUUCUUCUCAGCAGGGAGCUGCUGCUCUGCUCUAGACCGAGCGGCGACAAGGCACUACCCAGCAGGGCUGCCCAGGAGCAGGGCCAGGCUCCUGGGGGCCAGGGAGACACCCAGGAGCAGGGUCAGACUCCUGGGGGCCAGGGGCACACCCAGGAGCAGGGCCAGACUCCUGGGGGCCAGGGGCACACCCAGGAGCAGGGCCAGACUCCUGGGGGCCAGGGACACACCCAGGCCGGGACAGGGGUCACCCAGCUGACCAGCCCUCAUGCCUCAGAGCUCAAGGUACAGCCUGGUCAGUGUGUUGAGUCACAUUGGUUCUUCUACCAACUCGGGUAAGGCUCACACCAUGUUACACUCACACAGGAACUGUUUGUAAGUAUUACAAUGAUACACCCUUACACGUAUGUCCAACCUAAAUGACCCUAUUCAGCUGCUUGUUUAAAACAAAUUGACUUAUUUAGGUUGCCGGGGGUAAGUAUACACACACAUACACCAUUCACGGGUGAGUAUAACACACCAUUCACGGGUGAGGAUAACACACCAUUCAGGGGUGAGUAUCCACACUCACACUGACAGCACCACGGUGGGGUGAACAGGUGAGUAUAACCCCGAUUGGCUCUACCCUACCUAACAGAGCACCCUCCUCUCCCUAUAGGCCACUACAUCUGUGACUGUCACUACGCAGACGGGGACCCCGACGACCCAACAGACCGCUGGCUCUCCUACAACGACCACAUCGUCACGGAGACGACCGGCGAGUUAGUCUGCGAGCGCAGGCAGAGGAGCUCCUACAUGCUGUUCUACGAGAGACGGUAGAGCAGACGCGCCUGACAGCCGUCCUGCGCCGGGGAUGUGAAACCAGGGACUGUGCGAGCUGCUCCAGAGACACGGCUGGCCCCCUGUCUGCAGCAUGCCAGUCUAGCCUCAGGAGGAUAGGCUGCCCCCCCCAAGGGCCCGGAUCCUCUCAAGGUUUCUCCCCCAUGAGGGAGUUGUUCCUUGCCGCUGUCGCCACAAUUUUUGGCUUGCCCUCGGGGGGGAUUUUAGAAAAUAAAUGGUUUCACCUUCUCCGCUCUCAUGUGGUUGGCAUUACUUGGCAUAAUAAUCAUAUUUUAUUUGGGGGAUGCCUUUCAAAGCAUUCGAGUACAUCUUACAUGAAAUGGGCCUAUGUAGAUGAGUUCAAAAACAGUGGAGGUUAAAAGAGACGUAUGCAGUAUACGUGACAUAAGGCUUUGGUGGGCAGACUCUCCCCAGAGUUUUAGACUUGAGAGGCAUCAUAACGAGAGUGCUAGACCCGAUAUCGAAGUGUAAUAAUACAAAAUAAUUGUCAUUAUUACUCCUAACUUUAGGCGUAGCCCCUACCAGCCUGGGUUUGAUAAGAUGACUAUACAGAUGAGCGUGUUGAACCCUCAGCACCCCUAGUUCCUGCGGCCAUGCCUCCAGGAAUUUGCAAUGUUGCGAAAUUCAACGAUUCCCUGCGAAUUCAGCGCAACGUUGCAAUUUUAACCAAUCACCGCAAUUUUCCCGCAACUUUGACCAAUCAUCAUCGUCUCCCACAACUCUCUCCAGUUGGCGUUUAAAUCCAGUGUUCCGUCUGAAUGCAUUCAUCGAACGAAAGUUCAUGAACUUUUUCAUAAUUUUGGUGAACGUGAACUGAACGCACUGUAUUACUGCCUAAUGAACGAUACUGUGAACGCGUUCAUACUGGUGUCUGCGAACUCUUUCACUCUUUUUAAUUUAGUUCAAUAAGGUCCCAGAUUUCUACAGACUUCCAGGAGAAAAACACAGUUAACAGUCAUGUAUCCAGGGUUGCCCAACCAGUCAAUCACAGACUUCCUGUCUGACAGG